CAGGUAAAAACAGGAAACCAUAAACUUUUAGAAAAUACCCCUCGCAUGACUUUCCAUUUCCCCACCAUUCCGUAAAAGAGAAAAAUGGCAGAUCAACCUGUUAAGCAUCGGUGCCAGCGAAUCGGCUGCAACGCUACGUUCACCGAAGACGAUAAUCCAGAAGGUUCCUGCACAUACCACGAUUCGCCUAUAUUUCAUGAUGGAAUUAAAGAGUGGAGUUGUUGCAAAAAAAGAAGUCAUGAUUUCAGCUUAUUCCUAGAAAUUCCAGGAUGUAAGACAGGUAAGCACACAAUCGAGAAACCAGUGUUAACUAAGCCAGCUGCUUCGAAGAACUAUCCAACUUCUAGUCCUGCUUUUACUCUUGCUUCCACUCCAACAUCAAAAGAAUCUUGCGCUAGGUGUCGUCAGGGUUUCUUUUGCUCUGAUCAUGGUUCACAGCCCAAUGAACUGAACUCUACCCCAGCUGCACUGGCUGAGGGCAGUGCAGAUUUUCAGGGGUCUUCUCCUCCACCAAAGAAGAUAAUUGAUAUAAACCAGCCUCAGACUUGCAAAAAUAAAGGAUGUGGUAAAGUUUUCAAAGAAAAAGAUAACCAUGAUACUGCAUGCAAUUACCAUCCUGGGCCUGCUGUUUUCCAUGACCGAAUGAGAGGGUGGAAGUGCUGCGAUAUUCAUGUAAAGGAAUUUGAUGAGUUCAUGACCAUUCCACCAUGCACCAAGGGGUGGCACAAUGCUGAGCCAGUGUCCUAGACCAUAGGCACGAGGAAUGAGUUCCUGUUAUAUUAAGAGGUUUCCUUUUUCUUUUCUUCUAUUAUUUUUCUGAGGGAGGUGGGGUUGGUUGGUAACUUGAACAUUCCCUCCCUCACAUGAACACAUGCUCUACAUUUUUAGAUUACGAACAGCAACUGCAAUCUAGGAUGAAUUAUCAAUGUGUUGGAACUGUUUUGCACUCAUCUUGCGACUAAAACGUUGAGCCUAUUGACCGUUGUGAUUGUGGUAUAUGGACGUGCUACAUUUUUGAAAUAGAUUCAUAAUGUGAAGUCAUGUUCAUGUGCCGGUUCCGCCAUCUGAAAUUCAAUAGGUUACACUAUUGAACUUUAUCAAGUUUCCAAUCUGCCAAGUGCGGGCUUUAUUUUCAAAGCGGUCAGGCUGUGGCAUGUCCGAGGUGACCAUGGAUCAUUCGACCUUAAAAGACCAGGCCGAUAAAGCCUGGAUUUGCGAAGCCCGUAAAGAUGGAAGUUCUUCAUUUUGUAGUAAAGAUAGAAGUUCAACAUUUGGUGGUCUGAUGUAGUUGGUGUUAAUUUGGUUAGACUGGUUAAUUUUGAAGUGAAUCGAAAUAUU